AUGAUUGACCACGGUGCAGCCAUGGCCAUCCUGAACGGUGCCACGUGCAUCUUCCAGGUUGUGGGCAUGGCCGCCAUCACCGCAUCAUGCGGGCUCCUUUCUGCGUGGCUGCUUUCGUCUGAGAAGUACGAAAGCGUCACAAGCACCUCGUAUAUUCCAAAUCCGGGAUAUGCCGUUGCGCUUUCGGCUAUUCUGGCCUUCCUCGUGGCUUGGUCCUUCAUGGCCAUUUUCGACGUGACUUCUGACACACUGCUGAUAUGUUUCGCCGAAGACAUGACGCAAAGCGGCGGUGCAAGGCAUGGCAAGAAUAACCAGGAUUUGAAGGCCAUCUAUGAGGAGGCAGAGGAACGUGCAAGAGAAAUGCAAGGCGACCCAGCCUCCUCCGACGAUGGGCAUCCCCAUCCACCGUACCGCUACGCGCGUGGGAAAUGA